CUUCAAGCCCCCCUCCUCAAGACCACCCAAAAAGAUGCCCAGGGCCCCGCGGAACCACAGCAAGACUUACAAGGUCCCUCGUCGACCUUACGAGUCCGCUCGUCUCGAUGCCGAGUUGAAACUCGCCGGUGAAUACGGUCUCCGCAACAAGCGCGAAAUCUGGCGAAUUGCCCUCACCCUCUCCAAAAUUCGUCGUGCCGCUCGUGAACUCCUCAAGCUCGAUGCCAAGGACCCCAAGCGUCUCUUCGAGGGUAACGCCCUUAUCCGUCGUCUUGUCCGCAUUGGUGUGCUCGAUGAGUCCCGUAUGCGUCUCGAUUACGUGUUGGCCUUGAAGAUCGAAGAUUUCUUGGAACGAAGGCUGCAGACCCAGGUCUUCAAGAUCGGUUUGGCCAAGUCCAUCCACCACGCCCGUGUCUUGAUUAGGCAAAGGCACAUCCGUGUUGGCAAGCAAAUUGUCAACGUCCCCUCCUUCGUUGUCCGAUUGGACUCUCAAAAGCACAUCGACUUUGCCCUUACCUCGCCCUACGGUGGUGGACGCCCUGGCCGUGUUAAGCGCAAGCGUGCUGCUGCCGCUGCCGCCAAGGAGGACGGUGAUGAGGAGGAUGAGGAGUAAAUUUCACAUUUCAUCGGGGGUCCCACACCGCGUCGCAUGCCAUCCACAUUUUAGCUGUAUGACCCAAUGCAAAUAUGCUAUGAACCA